GCCAAGCCAUAGCGUCGUCAUCUGGCCAUCGUCCGCAAGCAAUGCGAGUCUUCUGUCUUGCAUCGCGUUUCGCAGCACGGAUGGAGUAAUCAUCUGCAACUCGACCUCUUAUCGCCAUAUAUUUCUCCGUUAGCUGUUUCAGCACCGACAGAAAGCGCCUGGCAUGUUACCGAGGAGGAGGGAGGCCAGCGCAACCUGUAGUGCUGCUGGCCGAGUUGCCGCCCAGCUGCUGCUGUCCUUCCUCGCCCUCUCGGCAUCUCCUGUCGCCGCUGCAGGAAACGCAGCACCCAACGCCCAGCUCGUUCUCCCCAUAGAUGCCUCCCCGAUUGCGCCGCCCAUACCAGAACCGCCGGCGGCAGCCGAACACACAUUUACCCUCCGACACAUCUUCCAUCACGGCACGUACAGAAACCCGCACCUGCAUCGGAAACAAGAUGUUAGCCACCCGACUGCCGAUGUAUGGCUGGCCGCCGAGGACGGCUACGAGGCCGAGCGCAUCGGGCCCCUCCGAGCACGGAGCAGUGCACUCCGGAUACAACGAUUAGUGGACCGGAGACCGAGCGUUGUAGAUCCCAUAGUGGCCAAGUCGCGAAAGCAGGGAUUCGUUUCGGUGCUUUCGCCGUCAGCGUGGACGGUCGUCGAUGUGCCCGCGCCCAAUGUCACCGACAAGGACACCAUCCUGACCUUGGCCCUGAUGGCGGCGAACGCGUAUGUGGAGAAGUCGGGCGAUGCGGACUGGGAGGAUGUCGGCGCGCCGUUCAACCGGAGUGCCGACUUUGGCUGGCAAGGGGAUGGACUGCGGGGCCAUGUGUUCGCCGACGAGAACAAUUCGACCAUAGUGAUUGGGCUCAAGGGGACCUCGCCUGCUGUCUUUGACGGGGACGGGACCACCACCAACGACAAGGUCAACGACAACCUCUUCUUUAGCUGCUGCUGCGCCCAGCAGGGACCCUGGACUUGGCACCAAGUCUGCGACUGCGCGACGGGCACAUACACAUGUAACAACACGUGCGUCGUCCAAGCCCUGCGCGCCGAGAAUCGAUACUACCAGGCGGCACGGGAGUUGUACGCCAACGUCACGGAGCUCUACCCCAGCUCCAAUGUCUGGAUUACAGGACACUCAUUGGGUGGGGCGGUCAGCUCGUUUCUUGGACUCACCUAUGGUGUGCCAGUGGUGACAUUCCAAGCCGUUCCGGACGCGCUGGCGGCACGGCGGCUAGGCCUGCCUGUGCCCCCCGGAGCCGAUCCGGACGCGCCGCAGAGCAGGGAGUACACGGGAGCAUUUCACUUCGGACACACGGCGGACCCCAUUUACAUCGGCACCUGCAACGGAGCGACGGCGUCGUGCUCGUUUGGUGGUUACGCGCUGGAGUCAGCUUGCCACACGGGACGCGAGUGUGUCUAUGACACGGUAGGCGACAAGGGCUGGCGGGUUGGUAUCGGAACGCACAAGAUCCGGGCCGUGAUUCGCGAUGUGAUUCUGAAAUAUGACAACGUCCCGGAGUGCAAGUUUACUCCUGAGUGCAGGGACUGCGGCAACUGGAAAAUGUACGAGAGCAACGGAACCGAGACGACGACGUCUUCGAGCAAACCUACCUCGGGUACUAGCAAAACACGGACCAGGACUGAGACGUGCAAGACGCCGGGCUGGUGGGGUUGCUUAGACGAGACGACCACCACUACAGGCACCGAGACGACGACCCAAGUCACAACAACAUCAUCCACCACUACAUGCCAUACUCCGGGCUGGUUUGGGUGCAAGGACAAGACCACAACCACCGCGAGUACGUCGACCACACCGACCGUGACCAGUACCACAUGCCUGACGCCAGGCCGAUUUUGGGGAUGCAACGACAAAGUGACGACAACAGGGAUACCCAAGAGUAUGCCGACGCAAGAGCGCAGCACCAUUACUUCACCCCCGAGCGUGCCCAACAGCACGACUGCGCCCUCGGCCGCUCCCACUGAAGAGGAUCCUCUCGAGAAGGGACGGUGCGUGCACCGGGUGUGGUACGGUUUGUGCAGGGAGUGGGAGGACAAUACUCCAGAGGGCGUCGAAGACAUUUAAGAUGAAUGUAGUGGGUUUUCUUGCUUUUCAGUGCUUGCUUGGGUACCGGCGUGGUUGGAGUUUUACAUGGGCAGUUGAAGAUCAGCAAGUUCCGAGGUUGGGCUUUGCAUAGGACGCAUUUGGAGUUCUCAUGGAGGGUCAACAAGCAUACAGAUCGUGCGUCGAGCGGUUCAUGGGCAGCAUAUACACAUUGAUAGUUUAUACAGAUAGUUGACAGACAUGGCCGGGAAAGCAAACG